AUGUCAAGUAAGGGCAGAAAAAAACGAAAUACUCGUAGGCAAAGGUAUGAGGACAAUGAGGAGGAUGCCCAAAGUGAAUUCAACUACAUGUCAGAAAGGGAUUCUAGGAAGACUGAAGAUUUGCAUGGUCUUGCAAAAACGUGUGCAUGGGGUGAACUGAACGAUGAGAUGGUGCUUCUGGUCCUCAUUAUUGGUAUGAAAGAUGAGGCUCUAAGUGAUAGACUCCAGCUGGACUCUCAAUUGACUCUGGAGAAGGCGAUUAAUACCUUGCGCCAACACGAGGAGCUAGAACGCCAAAAACGAGAGUACAAGAUUGAAAUGAAGGAGAAUGCAGUUCCUUACGCUAUAUCCACCCCCAGGGUUGUACCAAUACCUUUAAAAACCAAGGUGAAAGAGCAGUUAGACGAUAUGCUUGAGAAAGGAGUGAUUGUUCCAGUUGAACACGCGACUGAUUGGUGCGCACCAAUGGUAGUUUGCGCAAAAAAGGGAGGUGGGGUUAGGAUCUGCGUAGACCUAUCCAAACUCAACAACAAUGUGAAACGUCGGUUUUAUCCUAUCCCAAAGAUCGAACUUUCAUUGGCCGAGAUCGCGGGAGCUAAGUACUUCAGCAAGAUCGAUGCGAAUUCCGGGUUCUGGCAACUGAACCUUGCAGAGGAGUCACAAGAUUACACAACAUUUAUCACCCCUUUUGGGAGGUAUAAAUUCCGUAAGUUACCUUUUGGAAUUACGUCCGCUCCUGAAGAGUUUCAGCGCCGCAUGUCAAAAGCUUUAGAAGGGGCAAAGAACUGUUUAGUGCACAUUGACGACUGUCUGAUAUGGGGAAGAACGAAAGAAGAACACGACGAGUGUCUUAGGGCCGUUCUAGAGAGAGUGCAAGCUAAUGGAAUCACCUUGAAUAAGCAGAAGUCGGAGUUCUGCAAGAAGACUGUGACAUUUCUGGGGUUUGUGCUGUCUAAGGACGGAAUCAAGCCUGAUCCAAGCAAGGUACAAGCGAUUGUGGACUUACCAGCUCCAAGAAACGCUAAUGAAGUACAAAGAUUCAUGGGCAUGAUCACUUUUCUGGCAAAAUUUAUUCCGAACCGCAGAAAAGACCUUGCCAUAGCAGAUCUACUAUCAAGAAGUCCUAUUCCGGCUGACGAAGAUGGCGAAUUGACCGAAGAAGUGGAAGCCUUCGUCCACGAAAUCAGUCUGAUUAGUAUAAACACUACAGAUGAAAAUGUGACAAAGGUACUUCACUCACAAAUGAGAGAUCCAAUCUGUGCACAACUUAAGUUACAAAUUUUAGACGAAUGGCCUGUAAAAUCAAGUUUACCUAAUGAGAUUCAAGAGUACUUUAAUGUGAAAGACGAGUUAAGUUGUAUUGAUGGGCUAUUGCUUCGAGGAACUCGGAUGAUAAUACCUCAAGAACUACGAGCGGAAAUGCUCGAGAGGCUUCACAGUGGACACUUGGGAAUCACAAAAACAAGGAAACGUGCUUUGGGAACCAUGUGGUGGCCUGGAAUUUCUCAAGAAAUAGAAAGGAAAAUCAAAUCGUGUCCAGUGUGUAUUCAGAACUCAACUAAUCACAGUGAACCAUUGAUUCCGAGAACUGUCCCGGAUUACCCGUGGCAAAAUGUGUCUGUUGACUUGUUCAAACACGAAGACAAGUGGUAUAUGGUUAUCGUGGAUCACUACUCAAGAUACUUUGAAGUCGAGGAAAUGCAUCGAAUGAGGGCUUCAGAUGUGAUUCGGGUUUGCAAAACCACAUUUUCACGUUUUGGAAUUCCUCAACGUGUGUAUUCAGAUAGUGGGACACAAUUUCACCAUAUUGACUCAAGUGAAUUUAAAUUGUUUGCAAAGGAGUGGGGGUUCUCCACAUUCAGAAGUAGUCCCCACCACCAUCAGGGAAAUGGGGCAGCUGAAGCAGCUGUGAAAGUAGCAAAAGGGCUAAUGAAGAAAAACAAGGAUACAUUUGAACUUGCCCUACUUUCUUACCGGACCUCACCUCUUGAAACCGGCUUUUCCCCAUCUGAACUUAUGUUUGGAAGGAAAUUAAGAGACAAUCUUCCAUCUACUUUGGUUGGAAAUCCUGUGGAAAAUAAGAAUUUUCUUGAGAGGGAGAAUAAGUACCAGAAUAAGUACAAGAUACAAUUUGAUAAACGACAUGGAGCGAGUGGUUUAAGUGAAUUAGAAGUUGGAAGCAUGGUAUGGAUCACAGAUCUACGUCGACACGGUAAGGUAGUCAGGAAAUUGAACGAACCACGUUCCUACCUUGUGGAAACUGACAAGAGAACUAUUCGCCGAAACAGGAAGUUCUUAGUUCCUGCACCGUACUACGGAGGAGAUGGAAUUCUUUCAAACUGUUCAUCCAUGGUCCUUAAUCGUCCAUGCAACUCGCGUGAUCGUCCAGGAGCUGGCACAGUAACCCGUUACGGAAGGUCCAUUAAGAAACCGAGGCGGUACUGA